AGCCGGAAACCAUAGAGCGGCCGGUCGGGGGAAGGAAGGGCCGCUUACGGGUCGUUCUUUGGGCCAAGUGCCUUCACAUUCGUUGCUGUUCCCCCCCCCCCCCCCCCCCCCCUUUGCCCCGCGGGCGACCGGGGUGGCCAUGCCUCGCUAUGCCCAGCUGGUGAUGGGACCCGCGGGGAGCGGGAAGAGCACCUACUGCUCCAUCAUGGUCCAGCACUGUGAAACCCUCAACCGUUCGGUGCAGGUGGUGAACCUGGAUCCAGCAGCAGAACACUUUGACUACGAUGUCAUGGCAGAUAUCCGAGAGUUGAUUGAGGUGGACGACGUCAUGGAGGAUGAUUCCCUCCGGUUCGGUCCCAAUGGCGGCUUAGUUUUUUGCAUGGAAUAUUUUGCAAACAAUUUUGAUUGGCUGGAAGAAUGCCUCGGUCACGUGGAAGAUGAUUACAUCCUGUUCGAUUGCCCAGGUCAGAUUGAACUCUACACUCACUUGCCGGUGAUGAAACAUUUUGUAGACAAGCUGCAACAGUGGGAAUUCCAUGUCUGCGGUGUUUUCCUUGUCGAUUCUCAAUUCAUGGUGGAAUCUUUUAAGUUUAUUUCUGGUGCAAUGGCAGCUCUUAGUGCUAUGGUUUCCUUAGAGAUCUCCCAGAUAAACGUCAUGUCCAAGAUGGAUUUGCUGAGCAAGAAAGCAAAAAGCGAGAUCGAAAAAUAUCUGGAUCCUGACAUGUAUUCUGCCUUGGAUGAUUCCACAGAUCUGCUCAAAAGCCGGCAGUUUAAGAAAUUAACCAAAGCUAUCUGUGGCUUGAUCGACGAUUACAGCAUCGUUCGCUUCCUGCCGCUCGAUCGGUCCGACGAGGAGAGCAUCAAUAUCGUCCUGCAGCAUAUUGAUUUCGCCAUUCAGUACGGGGAAGACCUGGAAUUUAAGGAGCCAAAGGAAAAAGAGGAAGAGAAAUCUUCGGCUUUUGAUGAAUUCUUCCAGGAUGGAGUGGACGAAUGACAGUUUUCAAUUUCACUCGAAUGCACAGAAAAGGGUGUUAACGUUUUUUGAUGCUGCAUUUCGAAAUUCACAAACUGUUGGGAGCAAUCGAAGAACAGGGCUCUUUGCCCGCAAGGGGUUUAACGUUGGAUUGCGCCACAAAGUUUUAUUUUUGGAAGACGUUCAGUA